GAGAAACAGAAACUGAAAGUAUUGUUGAGCUGUUGUGUGUUUGUGUCUCUGUUUUUAUGCAGUAAAAUGGCAGAAUUUUCUCAGGAUGAGUUCACGUGUCCAGUGUGUCUGGAUCUCCUGAAGGAUCCAGUGACCAUUCCCUGUGGACACAGUUACUGUAAGAGCUGUAUUACAGGCUGCUGGGAUCAGGAGGAUGAGAAGAGAGUCUACAGCUGCCCUCAGUGCAGACAGACCUUCAGUCCAAGACCUGCUUUAGGUAAAAACACCAUUCUGGCUGAACUAGUGGAGAAACUGAAGAAGACUAAACUUCCUGCUGACUGUUACGCUGGAGCUGGAGACGUGCAGUGUGACGUCUGUACUGGAAGAAAAUACAAAGCCGUCAAGUCCUGUCUGGUGUGUCAGGAGUCUUACUGUCAAACUCAUUUUGACCGUCAUGAGGAAUUUCACUCUCGUAAACCACACAAAGUGAUCGAUGCCACUGGACGACUGCAGGACAUGAUCUGCCGUAAACAUGAUAAAGAGCUAGAAAUGUUCUGUAUCACUGAUCAACAAUGCAUCUGUGUGUGGUGUAAGGAGUCUGAACAUAAAGACCACAACACUGUAUCAACUGCAGCACAGAGGACAGAGAAACAGAAACAGCUGAAGGAGACGCAGAUAAAGAUCCGUCAGAGAAUCCAGCAGAGACAGAAAGAUCUUCAGCAGCUGAGAGAGGCUGUGGAGUCUCAUAAGCGCUCUGCACAGACAGCAGUGGAGGACAGUGAGAGGAUCUUCACUGAGCUCAUCCGCUCCAUUGAGAGAAGCCGCUCUGAGGUCACACAGCUGAUCAGAGAUCAGGAAAAGUCUGCAGUGAGUCUAGCUGAAGGACGACUGGAGCGACUGGAGCAGGAGAUCAAUGAUCUGAGGAGGAGAGACGCUGAGCUGGAGCAGCUUUCACACACACAUGAUCACAUCCAUUUCCUGCAGAGUUUCCAGUCUCUCUCAGCACCUCCUGAAUCUACAGACGAACCCGAUGAUCCCUUCAGUUCUCUCUCCUCUUUUGAUGGCGUGAGAGAAUCUGUCCAUCAGCUGAGAGACAAACUGGAGGAUUUCUGCAAAGAGGAGAUCAAGAAGAUCUCUGACAGAGUCACUUUCACCAACAUGAAUCCCAAGACCAGGAACGACUUCCUACAGUAUUCCCAUCAGCUCACUCUGGAUCUGAACACAGCGAAUAAACACCUCCGUCUGUCUGAGAGGAACAGAGUGAUUACUGUCACUGACACAGUCCAGCCGUAUCCUGAUCAUCCAGACAGAUUUGAUUAUUAUCGUCAGGUCUUGUGUGAAGAGAGUGUGUGUGGACGCUGUUACUGGGAGAUUGAGUGGAGUGGGAGUGUGUGUAUUUCAGUGUCAUAUAAGAGCAUCAGCAGGAAGGGAUGGGGUAUUGAGUGUGCGUUUGGAUAUAAUGAUCAGUCCUGGAGUUUGUACUGCUCUUCCUCCAGUUACUCAUUCACACACAAUCAGAUAGAUACUGCUCUCCCUGCAGCAUCCAUUAGCUCUAGAAUAGGAGUGUAUGUGGAUCACAGUGCAGGAACUCUGUCCUUCUACAGCGUCUCUGACACAAUGAGCCUCAUCCACACAGUCCAGACCACAUUCACUCAGCCGCUCUAUCCUGGGUUUAAUGUUUAUACUGGAUCAGUGAAACUGUGUUGAUGUUUCAGAAUAAACUGUAGAGAGAUUUUACCCAUAAUACUUUGAGCUGCAUGAUCAAUCAGUAACAGUGAGAUGAUACAGAGUCUCUUAUUUCUCUUUACAUUGUUCAUCUUGACGACAGAGUGUGUGUGUGUGUGUGUGUGUGUGUGUGUGUGUGUCUGUGUGUGUGUGUGUUAGUUAUGGUGAGUGACGAUGUGCAUUUGUCUUUUUUUCAAGUUGUACUUGUGUUGAUGGAAAUCACAUUCAUUCAGUUUUCAUUGUUGUGACACAUAAAUACAUAACUCAUUUUUAUUAUUACUAUCAAAAGCACCUUUCAGUUAAAUGAUCAAACACAGGGUUCAUUACAAAAUGAACAGAUUGAGGAUAGUGUGAUUUUUGAAUAAUGAAAUAACAGAAACAGUCAUGAACAAUGAAAGAGUGAAGAUAUGAAAGUGACAUUAAUAGUGAGAAAACAGUGUAAAAAAAAUCAGUUCAAAGUGUGAGUAAAAUUGAGCUGCAGAAGAUGAGAGAUGGAGAAGCUCUUUCUGAGAUUUCAGAUAUUGGGUCACAAGUGAUGAAAACAUGAACUCUUGAGAAGAAAUUAAUGACUCACAAUGUUUGAUAAACUCGUUGAUAUAAAAUAGAUAUUUUCCAGCAAAACUCGGCACUCGGUUGCUAGGGUGUUCUAAGUGGUUGCUAGGGAGUUGCUAGGCAGUUGCUAGGGUGUUGCUAUGUGGUUGCUAAGGUUUUCUGUGUGGUUGCUAGGCGGUUGCUAGGGUGUUCUGGGUGAUUGCUAUGGUGUUGCUAGUCGGUUGCUAUGGCUUCCUUUGUGGUUGCUAAAGUGUUGCUAGGGUGUUGUUAGGUGGUUACUAUGGUAACCUGGGUGGUUGCUAAGGUGUUGCUAGGGUGUUGUUAGGUGGUUGCUAAGGUACUUGGGGUGGUUGCUAAGGUACUCUGUUUGGUUGCUAGGGAGUUGCUUGGCAGCUGCCAGUGAUGGUACAACAAAGGCUUCUUGAAAGUAUAAUUGAUAUAAAUCAACCCCAGUGCCUCUGACAUUCAGAUUUAAAGAUACCCCUCUUUGGGUUUGGGUUGCUAGGGUGCUCAACAGUGGUUGCUAGGGCAUGGCUAGGAGGCGUUGAAGGUGAUUCAUGAUUGGCUGUUUGCUGCCUUGAGUGAAAUGAGCUCACCCUUUUUUAUUAAGUGUAGCUCUGUUCUUUUUCUAGUUAUCAUUUAACAAAUAACUCAUAAAAUAAUUAUUUUUUAAAUAUGUACUGUAUCUGAUUAUAUGUAAGUGUGAACUCGUGAAAUGUGUCUUUGUUUGAGAACUGAAUGAAUGUUUUGUGAAAUUGUGCCAGCUGAAUCAGUUAUAGUGUGUCAGCAAUCGAGAACAACUGUUUAUAUAAAAUAAAUGAAUUCAUUGUAAUAUC